CCAGCCGACACCAUGCAAACGGAAUUAGACUUGGACAUAUCGAUGGUCUUGUCGAAGUUUUUCUUGAGGAGCAUCGGCUUGUGGAUAUCUGAAAAUUCCGCAGAAGAACGUCGGAUGAAAAUAAUGAUUAUCUAUACAGUAUGGCAUUCGAUAUUUGCUACUGUCGAAAUUACCAGAGAUUUCUACUUCACUAUAUUAUACAAAGGGGAUAUUCUUUACGUUACUACCAACAUAUUAACCGUGACAAUGGGUUUAAUCAAGAUAUGUAUCAUAAUGACGCAUAAAGAGGAAUUUAUAAAUCUGAUCGUAUACGUGCAACAACAUUUUUGGAAUGUUAAGUACGAUUUUCGCGAGAAAGAAAUUUUGGAUAAUUGCAAAAAAACUUGCACAUUCUUCGUCUGUUCUGUCACCAUCAUGGGUGCAUGUGCUAUAGUAGCUUAUCUAACAACACCGGUUAUUGCAAAUGCCGGAAAAAAUAAUUCCGAAAGAGUAUUGCCAUUCAACAUAUGGCUAAAUUUGCCAGUAUCUAUGUCGCCUUACUACGAAAUGAUAUUUACUCUACAGAUGAUAAAUAUGUAUCAAAUAGCUGUCACCUACUUUUGCUUCGAUAAUAUUUUCUGCAUUCUGGCCAUACAUUUGGCUGGUCAAUUUCGCAUACUUCGAUACAGGUUUUCAAAACUGUGCGAUAUAGAACAUCAGAUAAACGAGAAGGAUAUGGAAUCGAUGAUAACAAACUAUGCGCAUACGUUUUAUGAAAAAUUGAAGAUGUACGUUCGACAUCACCAGACACUGAUCAACUUUUGCGACAGGCUUGAAAAUGUAUAUACGAUGUUGAUACUUGGACAAGUGUUGGUAUUUAGUGUGUUAAUUUGCCUCUUUGCUUAUCAAGGAUUAUUGGCUGCUGCUCCUCUUGCGAGACGCUCGAUUUUUAUCUUUCAUUUAAUCGGAUCAAUGGCGCUAUUGUUUAUGUUCACCUAUAGCUGUGACGGUGUGAUAGAACACAGUGAAAAAGUUGCUAUAGGAGCAUAUUCAGCGCUGUGGACGAUCAUGCCAAUGAACAAAUCUGGCAAAAUGCUUCGAAACGAUCUAAUAAUGGUGAUUGAGCGAUCAAGACGAGUUUGUUGUCUCACCGCGAACAGAUUCUUCCCUGUAUCGUUAGAAACUUAUAACAAGAUUUUAUCUACCGCAGCAUCAUAUUUUACGUUACUAAGAAAUCAUUUAGAAAACGAAAUUGAAAAAUCAAGAUCGAGAAAAACGAUCGUCAUGCAUACUACACGAUACACGGAUAUCUCAAUCACAUUGUCGCAGUUUCUAUUAAAACUCGCGGGUGUCUGGAUGACAGUGAAUAACGCCGAAGAACGUCGAAGAAGACUCACUAUGGCGUUUACUGCAGUCAUACAUGUUUACGGAUUAUAUCUAAAUCUCGGCGAUGCUUAUUACACGUGGAACGAUUUGAGCCAUUGUACCUUCUUGCUCUCUAAUACAUUAUGCAUCGUAUUGGCGAUGUUCAAACUUUUGAUAUUAAAUUUCCGCAGAACGGAAUUUAAGGAUUUAGUUUUAUUUGCACAACAAAAUUUUUGGCAUUUCAAGUACGACCAUGAUGAGAAAAUACUUUUCAUGAAGUGCCGAAAAUUGUGCAAGCUGUGGACCAUAACGGCAUGCUCUUUCACGCAAGCCUCCUUGGCAUUUUACAUAAUUACGCCAAUCUGCGCGAAUAUCGGAAAAAACAAAUCGGACAGGGUACUUCCGUUCAAAAUGUGGGUCGAUCUGCCGCUAAGCGUGACACCGUAUUAUGAAAUAAUGUUCGUUAUUCAGCUAGCGACUGUGCAACAAAUCGGUGUAACAUAUUUGUGCAGCGACAACUUCUUAUGCAUACUGAAUAUGCACGUGAUCUGCCAAUUCCGCAUACUCCAUAACAGACUUUUGAAUUUAUGGAAGAUCAUCGACCAGAAAACGGAUAAGAUCGAUUACGCCGACAAGUGCUACAUAGCGUUGAAAAAAUGCAUUCGGCAGCAUCAAUUGUUGAUCAAAUUCUGCGAGAAGCUCGAGUAUGUUAAUACGUUACCGAUCUUCGGCCAUGUAGUGGUCUUUAGCUUGCUAAUGUGCUUCGACACGUAUGAGAUACUUUUGGCAAACGUAUCCACUGGUACACGACUGAUCUUCGUGUUCCACAUGGUCGGUAGCUUUAUUCAUAUAAUUUUCUUCACGUACACUUGCCACGGUUUAAUAGAGGAAAGUUCAAAUAUUAGUUUGGCAACGUAUUCAGGCUGGUGGACGAUUCUGCCAAUGACCGAAACUGGCAGAAUGUUACGAGAAGACGUGAAGGUGAUGAUGAUGAAAUCAAUGCGACCAUGCUGUCUGACCGCUGGUGGAUUUUUUCCUAUAUCUUUGGAAACAUCUACCGCGCUGAUGAGUACUACAAUGUCAUACUUUACGCUCAUGAGGGAAUCAUCUAUGAAAAAUGGGGAUAAAUAAUCCAUCAUAUAUAUACAAGUACCUAUAUCAUGAAAAUAUUU